CUGCACACCAGUCGUGGAAGAUUCAAAACAAAGGGGGGUAUUCUCGUAAAUCAAACAGCGUGAAAAGCGACGUACAAACCGGUGGUACCCUUCUCCCUUAUAAAAAUAUUAAUUUCCCCCUCUAAACCGGUUUUGUCGUCGUUUCUCUCAAGCUUCGCUCUCUCUCUCUCUCGGUUACAUUCUCCAGAGUUAAAGAGCACAAGAUGGGGUUGAGUUUCGCCAAGCUGUUUAGCAGGCUCUUUGCCAAGAAGGAGAUGAGGAUUCUGAUGGUUGGUCUUGAUGCUGCUGGUAAGACCACUAUUCUCUACAAGCUCAAGCUCGGAGAGAUUGUCACCACCAUCCCCACUAUUGGUUUCAAUGUGGAAACUGUGGAGUACAAGAACAUCAGUUUCACUGUGUGGGAUGUCGGGGGUCAGGACAAGAUCCGUCCCUUGUGGAGGCAUUACUUCCAGAACACUCAGGGUCUGAUUUUUGUCGUGGACAGCAACGACAGAGACCGUGUUGUUGAGGCUCGAGAUGAACUUCACAGGAUGCUCAAUGAGGACGAGCUCCGUGAUGCUGUGCUGCUUGUGUUUGCCAACAAGCAAGAUCUUCCAAAUGCGAUGAAUGCAGCUGAGAUCACAGAUAAGCUUGGCCUUCACUCCCUGCGCCAGCGUCACUGGUACAUUCAGAGCACAUGCGCCACUUCAGGUGAAGGACUGUACGAAGGUCUGGACUGGCUGUCCAACAACAUCGCUGGCAAGGCGUGAUGAGGGUGAGUUGCAUUUGCAUCGAGAUGGUUCUAUCUUCUGUGAUGCAAGAAACAAUUAUAAAUAUUAUCUGAACCUUUUUGAUAUUGGGUAUGUGAAUGUUUUGAUUGUGCAAGUAGAAGAACCCAUUUAAAUAAGUUUUCAUGUGUUUUGAAUAUGAGUAUUAUUUUGCUUUUGGCGUAUUUCAUUUGCAAGUGUUAUUUUGCUCUAGUGUCUGAACCCGGGUUUUCAAUAGUGGCCUUGUCCA